CCAUACCACUUGCUGUUCACACCGCUCUCCAGUCUCCUCUCUCUGAUAAAAUUCCACGAGCACUUCGCAGUUUCUACACACUCUUUCUUCGCCAUGGCAAGAAUUCUCUCUGGGGCCCUACUCCGCCACUGCAACCAUUCCUCUUCUCUUCCGAUCAAAUACCCACCUCUCGUCCCUCUCUCCUUCCAACAUCGACACCGCUCCUCCAAGCCCCAACUAAUUGAAAUCGAUCUCGCUGCAUUAUCAUCAUCGAAAGGAUCAUCCUCCUCUAACUCUGCUUCCUCUUCGUCAUCGGACGGUGGUGGUGGCGAUGACGAUGAUGGGGAGAUGUUGAUGAUGCAAAAACUGGAGGACAUGAUCCAGCGAGUGAUGCUGCAGAAAUCUACUCCCGAUUGGCUCCCUUUCCUUCCUGGCUCUUCUUUCUGGGUCGCACCACAUCACCGACCCUUGAGGUUAGGUGAAUUGGUUGUAAAAUUGUUUGAUCAGCUCAACCAUGAAGAGUCUCUAUCUCUCAUUACUUCUCGCGGCUGGCCCUGCUCUGCUUUUUUCAUUCCUGAUAGCACACCUAGAAAGGCUGAUCUGGAAUUUAAUGUUGGGGGGAUGGAGGUGAAGGUGGAUAUAGAAGAGGAGGAAGUCAAUGGGGAAGCAAAAAUGCAGUAUGUGGAAGAUUCAGAUUCAAACGACAAGAAAGGAUGAUAUUCAUUUUUCAUGACAGAACUGGUUUGUGUGGUUGGUAAUUCAGUAGCCUUCGCACCACUAGUUCUAGUUUGUACAUAGUGUAAUCGACUGAAAAUAACAUUGGGUUUAGGUGAUGGGUUGCUAUUUAUUUUUCCUGUUAUAAUGUUGAUUCUAGGUGUUGGCAUGGAUAUUUUAUUUAUCAUAAUCAUUUGGAAUAUCAGUAUUAUGACACUCA